UUACACAACAUCCCCCAAACCGAACCCACACAAAAAAAAAGGUCCAGAAACUUCGAUUCCUGUCAAAAGUUUCAACAUUAAUCUUUAGAGGAUUCUUUGUCUCAAAAAAUAAUGGAUAUUGGAGAAAUCAUUGGUGAAGUUGCUGCUCCUGUGAGUAUCCCAACGAAGAGCGCCAUAUACGUUUGGGGAUACAACCAAAGCGGACAAACCGGUAGGAAAGGGCAAGAGAGUCUUCUGCGUAUCCCGAAACAGCUUCCUCCUGAGCUCUUUGGUUGCCCUGCUGGUGCCAACUCGCGUUGGCUAGAUAUCUCCUGUGGUCGGGAACAUACAGCCGCUGUUGCAUCUGAUGGAUCUCUCUUCACUUGGGGUGCCAAUGAAUAUGGUCAGCUUGGGGAUGGAACGGAAGUUGGGAGGAAACAUCCAAAGAAGGUGAAGCAGCUGCAGUCAGAGUUUGUGAAAUUUGUGUCUUGUGGAGCUUUCUGCACUGCUGCUAUUGCAGAACCUCGUGAAAAUGACGCUACUCUUUCAAAGAGUAGACUAUGGGUUUGGGGACAAAACCAGGGGUCAAAUCUGCCACGCUUAUUUUCAGGGGCAUUUCCUGCUAACACGGCAAUUCGCCAAGUUUCAUGUGGGACAGCUCAUGUUGUGGCCUUAUCAGAGGAUGGUCUUCUUCAAGCUUGGGGCUAUAAUGAACAAGGUCAGCUUGGUAGAGGAGUCACUUGUGAAGGACUACAAGCACCUCGUGUGAUAACUGCUUAUGCCAAGUUCCUUGACGAAGCACCUGAGCUUGUGAAGAUAACGCAAGUUUCAUGUGGGGAGUACCAUACUGCUGCUGUAUCAGAAACGGGGGAGGUUUACACUUGGGGAUUAGGAAGCAUGGGACAACUAGGUCAUGUUUCUCUUCAAUCCGGGGACAAGGAGUUAAUACCAAGGCGAGUCGCUGGUCUCGAUGGUGUGACCAUGAAAGAAGUUGCCUGUGGCGGUGUACACACUUGUGCUUUAUCUGUGGAAGGAGCACUUUAUGCUUGGGGUGGUGGCCAAGCAGGACAGCUAGGUCUUGGUCCUCAAUCUGGUUUCUUGUUUUCCAUCUCUAAUGGAAGCGAAAUGCUUCUACGCAAUGUCCCGGUUUUAGUCAUUCCAACCGGUGUCCGGCUUGUUGCUUGUGGACAUUCACACACUCUGGUCUAUAUGAGAGAGGGACGGAUCUGUGGUUGGGGAUACAAUAGCUAUGGUCAAGCAGCAAAUGAGAAAUCAUCAUAUGCUUGGUACCCAUCGCCUGUAGACUGGUGUGUAGGACAAGUGAGGAAGCUAGCAGCAGGAGGUGGUCACUCAGCUGUUUUAACCGAUGCAUUCUCGUUGAAGGAGCUAUGUGAGUUUCAGUUAGCAGAUAGUGUGAACCUCUCAAAUGCUUCAAAGAUUCAAGAUGUUGCAUUCAGGAUGGGUUCCGAAGCUCUAGCCCGCCUAUGUGAAAGACUCAGGGAGCAGUUUCUUGAUGGAGACUUCGCUGAUGUGGAAGAAGUGUACUAAAAAGCAGAAACCCCAAACUCUAGAACCGUUUAGUACUGUCGGAAGUUAUUACUAUUUAUCAUGUAUCAUUGUCUCAUUGAACAACUGAACAUAUGUAGUAAACUAGAAAGUCCAUUCUUCAGCAGAACUCUGUAUCAUUUUACUUUUCAGGACAUAGUACUUUAAUUUCUGUGCUGUCUCUGUAAGAUCCAGAUAUUGUAACUUCCUAUUCUGUACGCUUAAGACUUUCAAAAAAAAGCUGGAUCUUGGUGGCAUUGUGAAGUGUUGAAAUCUCAUUGUUAAUUUGAG